GCGGCAGCCAGCUUGUCCCGGGGAAAGUUGUGCCUGAGCUGCUGCUGACUCAGACGGGCCCUGGGAGCGGCGCGGCCGGGGGCCCUGGGGGCGCCUCCCCCCGCCCGCUGCCCUCGGUGCCGCCGAUGACCCUGAACACGCAGCGCGGGAGCAGGAGCCCGCUGCGGCGGAGGGCCAGCACCCCCCUCCCGCGGCCGGGGCUACCGGGUGCCGCGUCGGGGGGCGAGCCCCGCCACCCCCAGCUUGGCCAGUCCGCCUCCGAGCCCGGCGGCAGGACCGCGGCACCCCGGGGCAGCUGGUCCUCCGAGUCCUCGGGCUCCUCUGGGCCCGGCGAGCCCCGGUACCGCGUGGUGCUGCUGGGCGACCCCGGCGUGGGCAAGACCAGCCUGGUCAACCUCUUCGCCGGUGUCCAGGAGCGGGACCCGCUGGAGCAGCACAGAGAGGCCGUGUAUGAGCGCACGCUCUGCGUGGAUGGUGAGGAGACCACGCUGCUGGUGAUGGACACCUGGGAGCCGGAGCAGCCACCGGGGAUCCCACGGUGCCAGCGGGGCCGGGGUGAGGAGAACUGGUGCCGCAGCCAGUGCCUGCAGGUGGGGAACGCCUACGUCAUCGUCUACUCCAUCACCGACCGGAGCAGCUUCGAGAGCGCCUCAGAGCUGCGCAUCCAGCUGCGCCGUGCACGGCAGGCCGAGGACAUCCCCAUCAUCCUGGUGGGGAAUAAAACCGACCUGGUGCGGUGCCGCGAGGUCUCUAUUGAAGAGGGCCGUGCCUGCGCCGUGGUGUUCGACUGCAAGUUCAUCGAGACAUCGGCAGCUUUGCAGCACAACGUGGCUGAGCUCUUCGAGGGGGUAGUGCGGCAGAUCCGCCUGCGCCGAGGGGGCAAAGAGUCCUGCACACGCCCCGUGCCCAGCCAGAAGCGCAAGGAGAGCCUCACCAAGAGAGCCCGGCGCUUCCUCGACAGGCUGGUGGCCAGGAACAGCAGCAAAGUGGCCCUCAAAUUCCGUUCCAAGUCCUGCCAUGACCUGUCUGUGCUCUGAGAGCCGCCGCUUUCCCAUCCCUCCGCACACGCAGGCUGGGACUCUCCUCUCUGCCAGCAGCAUGACCAGUGGCUUUGUGGAAAGCCCAGAUGGGGCUGGAAUGAUGCUGAGGACAUGGAGCUCUUGUAACUGGUGUUGAGGGAUGCCUGGGGUGCUCUGGAUCCGGCCACUUCCCCUCCAGGAGGGGAGACAAGUGGAGCCGGGUCCCUGGGUUGCACCCGUGGAGCAGGGGGUGGGAUGGGCACCUGCACUUGGGGUGGUGUGAUCCUGGAUUACAAACGCUCCCGGGGAGCGGGAGGUGAGGGAUGGCCGUGCCCUGCUGCAGGACUGCCUGCAGGGAUGGAGGCUGCCAGGAGCAUGGCAGGUCCCACUCAUGGUGCCUGUCAUUUGCAGGGCAGCAGGGACCAGCAGUGGACCAUAGUGGUGUCCACCUCAAGGGCAUCCUUGAGUCUGACCAGGGAGAGGGGCUGGGGGAGCACCGGCAGCAUCACCUGGCACUCCCAGCCCCUCUGUGCCAGGGCUUUGUGCCAUGUGUCCCUAGCACCAGUGCUUCUCAGACAGAGUGUUUUCUGCUGUCUCUGUACUGGUGCAAUGGGGAAAACCUUCCAUCUGCAGAAUAAACCACAUCAGGGA